AUGCUCCACGAAAUCCUCCUCUCGCUCUCCGGACACCCAUCCGCGCUCUUCGAUGCCCAGCAAGGUUCCACGCACGUGACUUCGACUACGAAUCGCUUGUUGUCACCACCAGAAGCGGAACUGUUGACCUCAAUUGGUCAUCUGUCCCGACUGCACCGGAAGACGCGCGAUCAUGUUGCAAGAGUUGCCAGCAUUCAUCCAUCUACCGUCUGUCGGGCAGUUGCCACCGCUGUGACUGCGUAUCAUCUGGAUGAUUUCCAACGAAAGAUUCUGGAAGUUGAGAGCCAGAUUUUGAAGCAAGACGCCUCGACCGUUGGCGCUUAUAACAUUGUGCCGCUGGCCAGCAUUGUUGGCGAGUUCUCUGGGUGGGUCAGACUGAUGGAGUGGCUAUGGGACAUCAGUAAUUUUAUGCAACCGUCAGAUGUGCCAUUGGAGAGUGAGAAGAUCAGCCAAAAGACAUCUUCGGGCUCGGAGCUCAUCGAUAAGCUGCGAACCGAAGCCCAGACAGGGUAUCCGGACAUCGAAGAAGCAGCCCAGUACUUAGGCAAGGUCGCAGAGACAGCGUGGUUGCGGCAGCUGUCGACAUGGCUCCUGUACGGCCGCCUGCCGUCUUUCGGUGCAUCAGACUUCUUCAUAGCGCAAGAAGACGAGGACUCCAAAGAGCUGUCCUUCACAGCCCGUAACAGGCUUUUACCCAAGUUUGUCUCACGGCAGACGGCACUGUCAAUUAUGUUCGUGGGCAAGUCACUCAACCAGGUACGGUCUCUGCCGUCCACGUCGAAGACGAAGGCCGCAACAACGCAAAUAUCCGAACUCGAGCUACUGCCAGUGCAUGUGCAACAUCUCUCGCAAGUGACUGCGCCCAUCUCUUCCGCAAAACUAUCAGAGGUUGUCGCCAAUAUCCGGACGUCACUCUCUCGCAACCUACUUCAGCAUCUGCUGCCUCGUGAGAAGAUCGUUGAGACUCUCAACGUACUGUACCAGUUCUUCUUACUUGGCCGAGGUGAAUUUGCGAUGGUUCUAAUUGCGGAAGCUGACGAUAAAUUGUCCUCACGACAUCGUGGCUCACAGUCGACAAAGGCCGGACAGUCUAUUAAGGGUCUGCUCUUGAAGGAAGCCGAGAUCAACCAGACCUUAGCACGCUCACUCUCGGUCUUGUCAACACUGGGUGGAGAAGAUGACCAUAUAGAUGACAUCCUCGAUGCCGCGUCAGACAUCUUGCAUUUGGAUGUGCACAGUGCAUCGGGCCAUCGUCCUGGUACACCUGGCCGCGCCAAGGACGCUGAGUCGGCGUUGCCUCAGAUACCAAGCAUGUCAUUCGACGAGCUGCUGCUAUCGGUACCUGUCUCUCUCAGCAUGGACAUCCUGUCGCCCCUUGAUCUAUUCAUCACCAAAGCCGAUGUGGACGUCUACUCAUCCAUUAAUGAUUACCUUCUCGCUGUCAGAAGAGCUCAUCUUCAUCUGGCGCAGCUAUGGAGGCAUAGCACAAUCCGACGAGAUCACCCGUGUCCACCUGGGUACAAGCACAGCAACUCAUCCCACGGCAAGGCCAUAUUGAAGCGGCGGCGUCAGCGUACAAACCAACGGGCUCGAAAUAUGCGCAACAUCUGGGCGACCUGCCGGGCUGCCAUAUUCUUCCUGGCCGAAAGCGAGGCUUACUUCCAAGGCGAGGUCGUGCAGGAAUCAUUCAAAUUAUUCUUGGACUGGGUGCGAGGACCUAGGAAGCAUCAAACUAGUGAAACCCGCCCUACGACACCAGACCGACCGCCAACACGGGGAGCUGACGACAUUGGGACAGAGAAUGAAACGCAACAGCAGCACGAUCCAGAGGCGCUCGCAUUCGCUCAUCGACACUUUCUAGCUUCUAUCGCCUACUCCUUGCUCAUCACAGACGGUACUUUCACAAAGCUGCUCCGUACGUUCUGCACACAUGUGGAUGAUCUCGUCGGCCACAUCACGCGUCUUCAGUCAGUCCAGGAAAGCCUAGAUCUCGAGGAAGACGAAGGUGUCGAGGACUUCUCACAGAACUACAGAAAGGAGGAAGCAGAUAUGAGUCUGGAAAUGGAUCGCGCAAGAAGAAGGCUUGACAGCGACCUCAAAGGGCUGGUGGAGCGUCUCAGAGAGAUCGAUAGCGAAAGGAUCGGUGCCAGCGGACCACGACCGAAAAACGCUUUAGAUGGCGACGAAGGCCGAUACGAGCCACUUCGGGUCGGUGGUAUCGACCGACUGCUCAUGAAGUUGGACUGGGGUGGUGAAGAUGCUGAGGAAGAACAAGAAGACCUGCUGUAA